GGACAACCUGCUAUUCCUGUGGCUUCAUUUGAGAGCAGUGCUGCUAAGUAAAUCAGCUCUGAUACAAAUUGUCAAUAAGAGGCUGUUUUGAAAGGCCUUGAGGAAUUAUUUCAUGGACUGCACCCUUCCCCUUUCAAGCCGGGCAGAUUGAGGGAGAGGCAGGUCACAAAAGGUCAUUUCAUCUCUGGACAGCCGUGUUCGUGCUCGCCUGCAACAUCUGAUGAUCUCACAAGUGGAUAUGUUGUCGCGUUUGUGAUUGGCCAGCUGUCCAGAUGAUGUGGCCGGUGGCUUGAAAUAAAGGAGAUUUCCCAUUCAUCAUUGAAGUGAAGACCAAAAGGAAGCAGUAGGGCAUCAUGACACAGCAGGUCAGUGGCUCACCGUUCCUCAAGCCCUUCUUCCUGAGGAUGCCGGUCAGAGUGGUCAGACCUCUGCGGCAGAGACGACACACACUCCCCGCCAGCGAGUUCAGGAACCUCACGCCACAGGAUGCCAUCAGUGUGUUUGAGAUUGAGAGAGAGGCAUUUGUCUCUGUGUCUGGAGAGUGUCCACUUACCCUGGAUGAGGUGCUUAACUUCCUGAGUCAGUGCCCUGAGUUGUCGUUGGGUUGGUUUGAGGAGGGACAGCUGGUAGCUUUCAUCAUCGGCUCUGGCUGGGACAAAGAGAGGCUUUCACAGGAAGCCAUGACUCAGCAUGUCCCAGCCUCCCCCACAGUACACAUCCAUGUGCUGUCAGUGCACCGUCACUGUCGCCAACAGGGCAAAGGCUCUAUCCUGUUGUGGCGGUACCUGCAGUACCUGCGCUGUGUUCCAGGCCUCCGCAGAGCUCUGCUGAUUUGUGAGGACUUCCUGGUGCCCUUCUACCUCAAGGCCGGCUUCAAGCAGAAAGGGCCAUCAGCCAUCUCUGUAUCCAACAUGCAGUUCCAAGAGAUGGAGUAUACGCUCGGCGGGCAGGCGUAUGCACGACGAAACAGCGGCUGCUAGUCAA